AUGACGACAUGGGUUAGUUACCAAUGCAAAGGCUCGAGAUCUGGACUUUGCAACAUCCGAGUCUGUGCAAGGAGCAAUUUCAAACAGGACAGAUCAGAAACAAUGGGUGAGUAUGGACACGAUGUCAUUACUUAUGAUACGGUUAAAUGGUAA